AUGGCUGCUCCUUACCCAUCCCCAACCUCAACAUGGCACACGAACACAUACCCAUCCCUCUCUCCCGCCCGCCCCGAGCUUUCCGCCAAAGGCAAGACCGUGCUCGUAACAGGAGGGGGCACUGGCAUCGGUGCCGAAACCGCCCGCUACUUCGCCGCGGCAGGCGCCUCUCGGAUCGCCCUCCUCGGCCGUCGGAAGCAGCCCCUUCUCGACACCAAAGCCUCCAUCGAAGCCAAAUUCGCCGGCGUCGAGGUAUUCGUAGCCUCCACGGACGUCACGAAGAAGAGCGAGGUGGACGCAGCCUUCGCGGCCCUCGUUGGCGACGGAAAAAUCCACGUCGUGGUCAACAACGCGAUGACGAUUGGGCCGCAUGAUCCCGUGAAUGCGACUGUGGACAGCGACAAGUUCCUCGACGCCAUUCAGCAAAACCUCGCAGGAUCGUUAUCCGUUGCGCAGGCGUUCCUUCGUUACGCGGCGACGGACGCAGUCGCUAUCGAUGUUAAUUCGGCUGCUGCGCAUCUGAAUUUCAUGCCGAAGUUUGCUUCAUAUAGCAUCGCCAAGCUGGCGGUCUUUCGGUUUUGGGACUCCCUGGCCUAUACGAACCCGGACAUCUCCGUUUUCCAUAUCCAGCCGGGCGUAGUGGACACCGCGGGGAACAGGGAAGCGGGGGGCGUCGCUACGGUCGGCCAUUCAGAUGAUGUUUCUCUGCCGGCAAGCUUCAUUGUUUGGCUCGCAAGCCCCGAAGCGCGUUUCUUGAAGAACAAGUUUCUGUGGGCAAACUGGGAUGUUGAUGAACUCAAAGCCCAGGCCAAAGAGAUUGAAGCGAGUACCCAACUCAGUAUCGGGCUCGUUGGAUGGCCGUUCAGGAAUGCCGCUUGA